CUUCUCGAAGUAAGGCCUGGUGACCAAGCCAAUACAAGAUGGCGUCCAUGCUGCAAGGAUCAAUAAGAAAUCGAUUUCAAAUACUUUCAAGAAAAUUACAGUUUGGUGGAGUUCAGAGCGUACAGCCUAUAACUUGGUCCAUUUUUCAAACACUUCUUGGAAAAGACAGAGCAGGAAUACUGGAACAUGGUAACUUACUGCCAAUUAGAAGAUCAGCAGGCUCACACCUAGAUAUAAAGAAGCAUCACAAGAGACGUGCUACUCAAAUUGCAAAGUACACUCAUCUACCUGUGAUUCAUAUCAAUGCCACCUUUAACAACACAAUUAUCACAGUAUCAGACAAAGAUGGUAAAAUGUUAGGAUGGGUGUCAGCAGGUAGUGAAGGUUUCCAGAAUGCUAGGCGUGGUAGUAGCACAGCAGGAAGACAAGCUGGUAUAGCAGCUGCUCAGAAAGCCAUUUCUAAUGGAGUAGAGAGAGCGCGAAUUAAAGUCCGUGGUAUAGGAACAGGAAGGCAGGGUGCUGUGAAUGGUAUUGAAUCCGCUGGAGUGCAGGUUGUUUCUGUUACCGAUGUUACUCCUGUUCCCCAUAAUGGAUGUAAGCCCAGAAAGACAAGAAGAUUGUAAAGAUAAAAGAGAAAAAAGUUAAUUUUUUGAUGGAUCGUACAUAGAGUACUUGUUCUGAACAUUGUGGCAUUUCACAGUACUACGUUGAACUAACAUGGCCUGUCAAACCUAUCACUUGUGGUAAGCACAGUGUGGCUUCGUAUAACACUACCCAUGGCAUGUAGUUUUCACAUGAUUGCUGAAAGUUUAUUGGACCGUUUAGCAAACGGAGUACACUCAUAAGCAAUAAACAGCAAUUUAGAUAUCGUAUCGGGAAGAACAUGACAAAAGAAGUUUUAAACAAAUCGCUUAUCUAUUCACAAAGCCAGUUGUCUGACUUGUCUGUUGUGCGCUGACAAGAGUAUUAAACCUUGAGAGUCUCUCAAUCAAAUUUGGUGUAAGAAAGUCUUUGAGUCAGACUCUCAACAGUUCUGUUCAUCAAUACUUACAGGUAUAAAUAGAAGCCGCUACCAUUGGUUCCA